UUUCUUUUGCUAAACCAAAAAAUAAAAAAUAAAAAAUUAGAGGCUAUAUAUAUAGAGCUAUUAGACCCGUCUUCUUCCAAUCAAUUAUAUUAAGAAGGGUAUAUAUAGUUCAAUAAUAUUCAUUGUUGUUACAAAAUACAUAGAAUUAUUAUGGGUGAUUCAGGAUCUUCUAAGAGAAUGUGGUGCUCAGUGCCAGAAAAGUUUCAGCUGCAUGGAGCAAUGUUGGCACUUCAAUUUGGAUAUGCUGGCUUCCAUGUUGUUUCAAGGGCUGCCCUUAACAUGGGAGUUAGCAAGCUUGUUUUUCCAGUUUAUAGGAACAUCAUUGCUUUGCUUCUCCUUCUUCCCUUUGCAUACUUCUUGGAAAAGAAGGAGAGGCCAGCGAUGACAGUGAACUUCCUAGGCCAGUUCUUUGUUCUGGCACUUGUCGGGAUUACAGCAAAUCAAGGUUUCUAUUUGCUUGGGUUGGAGAACACAUCACCUACCUUCGCUUCAGCAAUACAGAACUCUGUUCCAGCCAUUACAUUUCUCAUGGCUGCUAUACUCAGGAUCGAACAAGUGAGACUAAAUAGAAAAGAUGGAAUAUCGAAAGUAGUUGGAACAAUCCUAUGUGUAAUUGGUGCAACAGUGAUCACACUCUACAAGGGUCCAACAAUAUACUCUCCAAAACCAACAACAACAUUAUUAUUAACAACAAGAUCAACAUUAAUGGAUCCAGUUGAUGAGGGCAAAAACUGGACCCUGGGAUGCAUUUACCUAAUUGGACAUUGUUUGUCAUGGUCUGGUUGGCUUGUGUUGCAAGCACCUGUUCUCAAGAAAUACCCUGCAAGGCUCUCUGUCACUUCAUACACUUGCUUCUUUGGAUUAUUGCAAUUCAUUCUCAUUGCUCUCAUUUUUGAAAGAGAUUAUCAAGCUUGGCUUUUCCAUUCUGGUGCUGAAGCCUUCACUAUUCUAUAUGCGGGAGUGGUGGCAUCAGGAAUUGCAUUCGCUGUACAAAUAUGGUGCAUUGAUAGAGGGGGCCCUGUGUUCGUUGCUGUGUAUCAACCUGUUCAGACUUUUGUUGUUGCAAUCAUGGCUUCCUUUGCUCUUGGAGAAGAGUUCUACUUGGGAGGGAUCAUUGGGGCAGUGCUAAUUGUGGUUGGACUCUACCUAGUUUUGUGGGGUAAAAGUGAAGAGAAGAGGAUUGCACAACUUGGAAUGGCAUCAAAUAAUAUUAAUGGAGAUCAUAGCAUUAUUAGGGCUUCAAGUCAUGCCAAAGCAUCAUCACUCACUCAGCCACUAAUCCUCCCUUCAUCAACUGACAAUCAUGUUUAACUUCAACAAAACCCUAAUCUCUUCAUCAAAUUAAACCACAACAUUUUCUUGGAACCUAAGAAGAAGAAGAAGAAGAUGCUAGUUAUACAUUACUAGCUAGCACCUUAAUUAUGUCAAGAAGUUUGUGUGUGUUUCGUGGUUUUUUUUUUCAUCCUUCCUCUCCAUUUUGGUUUUUGUUUUAUUUUAUUUUCCUUUUUUUUUUGUUAAUUUAAAUAUUAUAAUGUUUUGUUAGUAGGUUAUCAUUUAGAAGUAUAUUUUAUGGGGAUGAUUAUUGUUGUAAUGGAGCAUGUCACUUGAAGUGGGGCCAUCGAACCUGAAAAUCCCAUAUGGCUUUUAUAUAAAAAUGUUACUUUACGGUUUGA